GAGCAACCUUAUCUUGAGAGUAGAAUGUCAUGAAAAAAGUAAUGAAAGCUGGAAAGGUACCAGGAUGAGUGUGCAAACAGCAACUACAGAGAAUCGUUUUCAGAGCACUUUGGAUGAUAACAAUGGGAAUAAUUCUGAAAGUAAGAAUAUUGCCAGGUGCCCAAAAUAUGAAUGGAAUGCAAAUGUUAAUGACCAGGGUCCUGGGGUAAUCGACCAUUCCAUUUUGGACCAGCAGAGUGACAAUGAGAUCAACAAACAUUAUUUAUUGCAGAGCCCCAAUGCCUUGGAGCUGGACAGCACUUUGGACUAUAUAGGUAAUGCAGCAGGACAUUGUGACACCUUUAAUCUAAAAGCUGAUAAGGGAUGUAAAACUGUUAAUUCCAGCCUUUUGCAUGAAAACCCUGGGGAAGAAGAUGAAACGGUUGAUUAUAUUAACAAUGAGCUCUGUAAUAAAAUGCAAGACACUUUAUGUCCUCCCUCUAUACCAAUCCAAACUUCGGCAUCUGAUGAAAUCCAUAAAGGUCUUGGUGCUAUCACAGAUAGGGGCAGUGCAUACAACAAGAUUGCUGAGCAGUCUCUCUGUGUACAGGAAUCCACAGACUAUUUGUGCAAAAUGGAGCCCAAAUGGACUGUUCAGGCAUUCUUUGGUGAUGCUGAUAAACUGUGUAGGAAUGAGGCAAAUAAUCUGGUAGAUAUAAGCACAACUGAUCACAAAUAUGACCACAAUUCAAGCUUUGGCAUUUUCACUUUGUCGUUGGACUUCAGUGAUGAAAAGUGUAUGAGAGAGGAUAGUUUGGUUUUAAGUGGUUCUGAGAAGCCCCUUAGCGCUUCUAUACUAGAAGGUUCAGCGUUACCCAAUAGUUCAAUUGAUGUGUUUACAGGGUCUGUAAAAAAGACAGACAAUAUUGACGGUUUUUGUCAGGGUGCUGAACUUUCCUUAAGAGACCUGGAUUAUCUUGAAGUGCCUCAUCAAAAAGAUUCCACAGAGACGCCACAGAGUAAACUCUCUCUCACUUCUGAGCACAGCGUAUUUACAAGUGAAACCAGUGAAGUGAUGCUAGAAGUGGAUGCUCGUAGGGUGAUGGAUAAAACUGUUGAAUCACACCUUCCAAACCUUAGAUUAAGUAGCAAUGUUGGAAAAGAAGAUUCUGCCCCUGGGGCAUCUCUGGAGGAAUUUGUUUCAGGUUCUGUCCCUGCGGUGGCCCCGGAAGAACUUGCCUCAAAUCUAAUUAAAGAUAAAAACACUAUUAAAAACAAAGAAAGUCAUGGUGAAGCACAUUCCUUAGAGUCCCCUGCUAGACCUGAUUCCUCCAGUUCAGAGUUAAAGGAUUUGUUGAGUAACUUAUCAGGGCAAAACUGUGAAGAUACAUUUAUAAUUUCUAGCCCAAAUUCAGGAAUUGGGUCUAAAGCCUUCACUUCCACUCCAUUGCCUGAAUCCAAAAAUAUGACCUUCUCUGUCCCAGUGCUGGAGAGCAUCACAGAAAACAACGAGCUCCAGCAGAAUCUUGACGCUAUUAAGUACGACCUAGAAGGAUUGAGACAUAGCUCUGACAGCAAUAUAGUAACAAAACCAACAAAUAAGAAACCUGCAGUAGGUUCUGUAGUUGGCAAAGCCAAGAAAAAUGAAGUUAUAAGCUUUCCUAAACCCAGUUUUAAAAAUGUCAAAGCAAAAGUGUUAACUAGACCAUCCUUACAGGCAAAGGACAGUAAUCCAUAUGCCUCUAAAACAUCUCCUAGAUCACCUCCAUCAUUAUCUAAUGCAUCUUCACCUGCCCAGUCUCCACGACCAUUGUCCUCUGCUGUCAAAACUGUUCAAAAAAGAUCUGUGAUAAACCAAGACAUGAAAACAGAAGCAGCUAUUGCUAAAUCUCAGAAGCAACCAAUUACUAAGCAGCUCUUCCCAACCCAUUCUGCACAUGUCCCAACCCAUUCAAAACAUGCUUUAGGUAAGGUUCCCAGAGCUGCUGCUUUAAAGCACACUCAAAAUGAGACUGAGAGAGCGAGUUCUUCAAAUUCAACACGCUCCUCUGGCUCUGCUGCCGCUGCCUUAACUUGCACGGCAGGCUCCAGAGUGACAGAAAACAAGAGCGAAAAGGCAAGGACUUCUGCAAAGCCCAGUGCACCGAAUGUGAGGCUUAUGGGACCAAACAAAAUUGAGCAGAAAGGAAUUAUUCAACCUCAUUUUGACAAAGCACAAUCACUUAAGGAAGCAAAGGAAGGCACUGUAUCUGCAGAUAUGGAUAUCUUGGCCAACAUAGUGCCUUUGCCUACUAAGUUGGCAAUUCCAAGCAGCAGAAAUCUACACAAGGAGUUAAUACUUGGUAUCAAGAAUGUAGCCUCUCAGCCUGCCAAGGGACGAGUACAGACAACUGUACAGAGGCGAGGAAGCCUGGGCAAAAACAUCCUGACCAUCCGAGUGUCCUCUCCUCCCCGGGAGAAGCCGCAAGUAACUGUUGAGGGGGGAUUAAAUUCUCCCAAGGGAAGGCCUAUUUCUGUAAAAGCUUCAGCAGCGAAUGGGACGGGAUCCUUACCUAGAACCAGACUACCCUGUAGAGGAACCACGCUCCAGAGAACAGCUAGUGUCUCUUCUGUGUGCAGUACGCAGAGCGAGCUGAGCAAUUUGAGCACUAGGUCUACAACCACUACUAGCAGUAUCAAAACUGAGGAUAUUCCUACUGCAAAAUGUAUACGACCAAACUCUGCUUCUGGAGCCCUAACCGCAAAGUCUUCCAUUCCAAGGGGCAGAUCUCAGUCCCUCAAAGUAACUCAGACAGUUACAGGUACUAAGAAAAGCCCUUCCAUUAUCCCAACUUUGCCAAGAUCAUCUGGGCCAGCAUUAUCUUUAACAAAGAAGCUAGAAGCAAGAUCUCUUCAGAAUGUUGAAAAAAAUAAGCAGAAGACCAGCCCAAGAGGUCCAGUUACACAAGCACAGACGCCUCCGGUUGAUCCUAAAUCAAUUGAAUUAACAAAGUGCAAAGCUGCGUGUGAACAGCAGCGAGGGGUUAUAGAGAACCUGAAAAAUCUCCUCAGCAGCAGUAACCAAAGGUUCGAGGCACUGACUGUGGUGGUCCAACAACUCAUAAACCAGCGUGAAGAGACCCUUAAGAAACGCAAAGCCCUAUCUCAAGAACUUCUCAAUUUACGAGGGGAUUUGGUGUGUGCAAGCAGUACAUGUGAGAGAUUGGAAAAAGAGAAGAAUGAACUGCUGAAAGCAUAUGAGGGUAUCCUACAGAAAGUAAAAGAAGAACACCAUGCGGAGCUCUCCGAUCUUGAGGAGAAGCUAAAACAGUUCUACACAGGAGAGUGUGAGAAACUGCAGAGCAUAUUUAUUGAGGAAGCGGAGAAAUACAAGAAUGAACUCCAAGAAAAGGUUGAUGACCUAAAUACUACACAUGAAGCCUACAGGCUGCAGGCAGAGACUAGUCAAAUAGAAACAAUACAUACACUCAAGGAAGACUAUGAAAAAUCAUUAACAGAACUAAAAGAUGCCAAGGAUAAAGAAAAUAAGAUAUUGGAGGAUUCAUUUAAAGAAAAGCAAGCAGAAGUAGAGAAAAAGAUACUUGAGCUUAAAGACGUGAAUGAAUCUUUGAAGGAGAAGCUUAAGUAUGAGGAAGAACAAAGAAAAUUAACCAAAGAAAAAUCUGUCCAGAAGAAUCCUCAAGUCAUGUAUCUGGAGCAGGAGCUGGAGAGCCUAAAAGCAGUGUUAGAAAUUAAAAAUGAGAAGUUACACCAACAAGAUAAGAAGCUCAUGCAAGUAGAGAAGCUGGUGGAAACCAAUACAACCCUUGUGGAAAGACUGAACAAAUGCCAGCAAGAGAAUGAGGAUCUGAAAGCGCGUAUGGUGAAUCAUGUAGCUUUGUCACGGCAACUUUCUACUGAGCAGGAGGUGCUGCAGCGAUCUCUGGAGAAAGAAUCCAAAGCCAACAAACGACUGUCAAUGGAAAAUGAAGAGCUUCUGUGGAAACUUCACAAUGGCGACCUAUGCAGCCCCAAAAAGCUAUCCCCAUCCUCACCUGGAAUUCCCUUUCAUCCUUCACGGAAUUCAGGAUCUUUCUCAAGUCCGACGGUGUCUCCCAGAUGACACUUUUCCAACGGAUAAACACUUCAGACAGACAUUUCAGGAGAGUUCUGGGAUUUAUCUGGACACUAAGCAUUGAAGUCAAGGCUAUAUUAGCUACGUAACGAUGACUGGAAUUUGGGAUAUGGGUAAAGGUUACUGGAAAUAAAAGGGGCGAUGAUCCUCCUUUAAAGAAAGACAUUUA